UUUGAUGGUAACGUCCCCUUUAAGAAGAAAACACCGGAUAUUCAGCUUCCGGUUUGGCUGGUCCGUCAGAGAAAUCACUCCGUAAGAAAAGAAGAAGAGAUUAUGGCAACAAUGAUUGAGGAAAACGGUCCUUCGACUCAUGAGCAGUAUCAGGUGUCCCCUUCGUACCAGGCCCGGCAGAAACUAGAGGGGCUCCUGAACAAGAACAUGAAGAUUCGAAUGACGGACGGGCGGACUCUGGUCGGGCUCUUCCUCUGCACGGACCGAGACUGCAACGUGAUCCUUGGAUCUGCUCAGGAGUUCCUCAAAUCCUCAGACACGUUCUCCCAAGGCGAGCCCCGGGUCCUGGGCCUGGCCAUGAUCCCCGGUCACCAUGUGGUCUCCAUCGAGGUGGAGGCAGACAGUUUGGAAGAUGUACCAGGAUUUGGAGCGAGCCAUUGAUGAAACGCUUUCCUGUUUGGAUGUGACUGUCUCUCUGAGAACCAGCAAAAGGAGAAUGGACUUCUUUUGUAUGAGGAUUUUAUCCCUUCACCUUUACUGAUGCAGAACUCCUGUGUCCAUACUCUGGAUUUAGCCGUUUCCGCUAUGCUCGCAGCAAUGGCUGUACAAUCCAGCCUGUGUGUGAGUAGGUGUUGGCAAACAGCAGCUACUUGGUGUGUGUGGAAAUCUUGUGUAAACAUUUGUGAUGUUUUAAAAUACAUGGCUGUAUUUGAGACUUUGUGUUCAAUUGUUUUCAACAGAUAGAAAGUUUGUUGGUCGCUACAUUUUUU